CAUAUCUCACUCAUUGCAAAUUUCAGACAUAUAAAAGAGAAGACAGAAGACCAAACACCUCACUGAUCAAGUGACAAAAACGUAUCUCAGCAUGAUGGAUAAGACUCUGUUGAAGUUGUUGUUUUGUCUUAUCCUUUUGGUUUGCACGGUUUCUGGUACGUAUAUUAUCUAUGAUUAUGCACGGGUAGCACACUUUUCCUAAAAAAACAUAAAAAUUAUUGAUUUACUACAUUGUUUAAAUUAUUAACACAAAUAAAAUUUCAUGCCGCAGAUGCAAAGAAGAUUAGUAUUGAUGCUGAAGGCGGAUGUCCGAGCGUACAUUGCAAACGUGAUGCGGAUUGCAAUCCCCCACAUUAUAUUUGUGCUGUGGUGAUAGGUCUCUGCGUCUGUGCAGAGAAAGCCGUAGAUACAGGUUUCCCCAUUCAAAAUUUUAGGAGAAUUCAAAAAGGGAACUAAAACUAUGAAUAUCCAUGGAAAAGAAGAAAAAAUAAGAUAAAGAGCAAAGUGUGAGCCCUUUAUGUACAAUUUUCUUAAACACAAAAUCGACUAUAUCCAAAGUUCGUAGCUGUCUAUUUUUAGUGGUAUAUUUACUCCGAUUUUUCGGUCAUAAUUUUUCUCCAAAUUUGAUGGGCGUAAGAAAAGUAUAAAUCAAUGGGGAUUGGGCCCAGUCAGAAGAAGGCCCAAUCUGAACACUUUCCAACGCGUUUCACUUUCCGGGGUUUCAAUUCUUGCCCUAACCGCCUCCUUGACGAACAGUAGAACACAGAAACAAAAUUUUCCGUGAGAGUCGACUCAGUCGAGUCACCUAUCGAACAAAUUACUCCGUCUGAAAUUUGGAAACAAAGAGCAGAAACCCUAAUCCAAGGUACCUCUCCUUCUGUUCAACUUGUUGCGUUCUUGAUUCUUUCAGCUUGCAGCGUCACGCAACCAAUUACGUCCUAAAUCCCAGUUCCGGAAUCACUCUGUGUUCUAUCUUCCCGCGCCUUCUCUGUAUUCUACUAUGUAGUUCUUCUUUGUAUGUAGUUUCUUUCAAGUUUCUUCCGCCGUUUCUGAUUGAUAGUUAUGGAAAUGUGUGUUUUCUUCUUUCUUCUGAAGCUUGAGAUAUAUCGACGUGCUUGCAGUUGCAGGUUCUGAAUCUCCGGCUGCUGUUUGUUAUUCGUCAUGGCAACCAGGCUUCAAUUCGAGAACAAUUGUGAAGUUGGUGUUUUCUCCAAGCUGACAAAUGCAUAUUGCUUGGUUGCGAUUGGAGGUUCUGAAAGCUUCUACAGUAUCUUUGAGACAGAGUUGGCAGAUGUCAUUCCAGUGGUUAAGACCUCGAUUGGGGGAACUAGAAUAAUUGGGAGGCAAUGUGCUGGAAAUAAGAAUGGACUUCUUGUGCCACACACCACCACUGAUCAGGAACUUCAGCACUUGAGGAACAGUCUACCUGAUUCAGUUGUUGUCCAGAGGAUAGAGGAGAGAUUGUCUGCUCUUGGAAAUUGCAUUGCUUGUAAUGACCAUGUUGCUCUUGCACAUACUGAUCUGGACAGGGAAACUGAAGAACUGAUAGCUGAUGUUCUUGGAGUUGAAGUAUUCAGGCAGACGAUUGCUGGUAAUAUUCUUGUAGGAAGCUACUGCGCUCUCACAAACAGAGGCGGCUUGGUGCACCCCCACACUUCCAUUGAAGACCUGGACGAGCUUUCCACCCUUCUCCAGGUCCCCUUGGUUGCCGGAACAGUUAACCGUGGCAGUGAAGUCAUUGCUGCAGGAAUGACAGUUAACGAUUGGACAGCAUUCUGUGGGUCAGACACCACAGCAACCGAAUUGUCUGUUAUCGAGGGCGUUUUCAAGCUGAGGGAAGCGCAACCUAGUGCCAUUGUCGACGAGAUGAGGAAGUCCUUAAUCGACAGUUACGUCUGAGAAUUGUUGUAAUAUCAGUUGGGAGUGUGGCGCAUCUUUGUAUUCGUACACUCAUGUUUUCCCCCCCUUCCAUCUCAAUUGUAAGGUAAAAUUUUGAAACUUGAUACAGUUAGUAUAUCUUCUAUAUAACUAUAUUGGUGGUGUUAUCUACUUGUCAAUGCAGAGUAGAUAUUUAAAAAAAACACAUAUUGGAGGUAUGGUUUUCUCUGUCUCUCUCUCUGCAACGCGUCCACAACAGGUACAAACAAAACCCAGCAGUUGACCCGAUCAAAAAUGGUGCUUGGCUGUUUGUAUUUUGUAUUCUAAGAGCUGAGCUGUCAAUACAUUAACGUUGCGUCUUGUCAGUAUUUGUAUGAUGUGUUGUUUAAUCUUUUCUUCCGAGGUCUGUAAACAAUAUAACUGCAAUUUCGCA